AGCCCGCUACUGUUGCCGACAAGAGGAUCGCUCUCGCAGGAAGAACCACGCCGAUCGUCUAUCCAAUUCCUCGCACACAGGAACUCGUCGUUGCCAAGAGGGAGCCCAAAACCUAAGCAGAGACGGCGGCUGUCCUCCCCACCACCUCCUCCCAACUUUCAACCCCGUGUCUCGUUUGAUACCUUCGACAAGCCGGCAGACUUCAUCGAGGAGAGCUCCUUCACUUUGAUAGCUAAGCACAAAGAUUACGAGUACACCAAGCGAUCAAGAACAUUCCUAUGUGGUUUCGACGAGAAUGAGUACUCGACAUAUGCGCUCCAAUGGCUGAUCAACGAACUUGUGGACGACGGUGACGAGAUCGUAUGCCUCAGAGUUGUGGAGAAGGAAGACACCAUAGCAGGUGACCGUAGUGUGGAAACCGGACGAUACAAGAGGGAAGCCGAUGUGACGAUGCAGGACAUACAAGGCCGAAAUCACGAAAAUAAGGCCAUCAAUCUCAUCUUGGAGUUCUCUGUGGGUAAGGUGAACAAAGUCAUCGACGACAUGAUCAACCUCUACGAACCUGCGAUUCUCGUUGUCGGAACAAGAGGCAAAAGCUUGGGCGGGUUUCAAGGCCUACUUCCGGGAAGUGUCUCCAAGUAUUGCUUGCAGCACUCGCCAGUACCUGUCAUCGUUGUACGCCCAUCAUCUAAGCGUGACAAGGCACGCAGCAAGCGCGCAAACGACCCGAACCGACUUGGCUACCAGGAGAUGUUGGCCAAGAGCGAAAGCUUGCUCGAUGUCACCACAAGUCUUGCUCCAAGUCCCCGCGGUAGCUUCGUGGCGACUGACGAGCAGGCUGCUGCGGUCAAGGCAUCUCUCCAGGCCCAGAAUGCGCAAUACACACAGCCUGUUGAACCUUCACCACUGGCACAAGUACAUCGCGCAGAGGAGAGUGAAGACGAGAAGGACCUGCGAAGUCCGGGCUCGCUACUCAAGAGCCCUGAGCUACAGAACCUCGAUAGUCCUGAUAUCAGCAGCGAUUCGAGCAGCGAGGAUGAAGACGGAGAGGGCGGUGUGUCAACACGGACAAUAAAUUUUGGGUCUGAUGAGGCAAUAGGUGGGACU